AAAAAUAGAAAAUAAAAUAAAAUGAAAUAGAGUCAGAGAGUAAAAGUUUGUUCGUAAAACUCCCACAUUUUCUAGGGAACAAUGAAAGGUUUUUAUGACUAAUCCUUACGAUCCCCUUCAAGUUCGUCCCACCAAUAACGAUGGAAGAUAAUGAAGGGUAGCUGAAAAUCAUAUGUUACGAGUAACGUAACUCCCAUGUAAAAUUGAAAUACAUAGGUUAAUUUUGUUUCAUGUCUCUUUUUUUUUCUCUUUUCAUAAGGGUGAGGUUUCCUCGCAUGAUUCGAACCCUCCUUGUUCCUUGAAAAAAUAUCUUCCCCUUUUGUGGACAUGUGUAUCUGUUUGAUGAGAAUCGUAUGCACAGGAACAAGCAGCCGUCGUGUUCGAUACGCUCGUGUUGAACGUUACUUCGAGGGUAAAUAGGAAACCACCGGUGAACCGGUGUGUUCAACUUUGUUAUACCGUUGCCAUGACGAUAAACAAGUUAAACGAAAGCAAUAUUUUCGAGUAGCCCAGCCAGCCAGCUUCUUCUUCGUUCACCUGUCGGAAAUCCUGUCGGAAAGAACUGGCGCAGACAGUUUUUUUUUUUACAAUAGAAAAUCAAAGAUGGAUUCUCGCGAACGUAGUGAAACGAUGUCAUUUUUCGUCGACGCCGUACCCGAGGAUUCCUUUUACGAAAAUUUAACAUUAGGUGUCGUCAAGAUACUCGACAAUUUGCCAUGCGUUAAAAACGUUCGCGUAGACAGGCGUAACGGUUGCGAACGUAACGCCAUUGCGAAUUGGGAGCAACGACACGGCUGCGUGCUGCCAGAAGACGUUAAGAAUUUCUAUGCUUCGAUCGAUGGUUUUCUACUACAGUGGAAUCUCGAGAUAGCCGGCGAAGAAUUUCCGGUAGGGCGAAUGGAGAUAGGCAAGCUGUCGUCUCUAAAACGUUACCUCGGUGUUGGGAAGGAUCGACAACAACAAAGUGUAAGUGUAACGACAACGACAACAACGACAACAACGUCGAUGACGAGUCUGGUUUCGAAUGAAAGAGGGACCGACAACGAGCCGGAAGUCGAGAUAUUCGUAGGAAGUACAGAGAACGUUGUUCCCGGUACUUCGAAGAUUACCACGACUAAUCCACGUGGUUCUAAACUCUUCGAGAUAGUUAGAUGCUUUCCUACAACAAUAGAAGCUAAGGUGUACUUGGCAUAUCCAAGCAAAGUUGAACAAAAGUCACCCGAAAUUUGGCUACAUCAGGAAACUACCGAUAGAUGGUAUCAUCUGGCCGACAGUUUUACCAAAUACUUUCGUAUGAUGUUGGUCCAUCUUGGUUUGCCUGUUUGGCAAUGCUGCGUCGUCGGUUUACCUCUGCCAACUUGGGUCGAGCAAGUCUAUUUCUUGGUCGGUCCUCAUCUUUUGCCAAACAUAGUCGAACCAACCGAGACUAUUUCUACUAAUCUAUGGAACAAUGGUCCUACCAAUUUACUAGAUCCUAGCAUUUUUAGAAAUAUGGAAAAUAAGCUAAGGAACUCCAGAAAGAAGUGAUUUCCCCUCACCACCAUGGCUUUAUCGUCCUUCUUGAUCAUCCCCUUAAUAAAUCUUUCUAUUCUAUUCUUUCGAAAAGAAAAAAAAAAUAGAAGAAGAGAAAAAAUAAUAGGAGAGAAAAAAAGAGAGAGAGARAAAAAAAAGAUCGAAGGAAGGAUCAAUCUUGGCGAUCCAUCAAAUGUACGACACCCACGUCUUCUCUUGAAAGAAAAUGAAAGAAUCGAGCACGCGUAAAAAUGUCUUAGGAACGAAGAUGGAAAGCAGUAUCAUAUCUACGGUGGAAAGAGGGAUGGGGUGGGAUGGGAUGAGGGAUCGAAGGAUGAUAGUAAAAGGUGACGUUUGAAAAAAUCAACACCUCCGGUUUUUUCUUUUUUUUUUCCCCCUACGUCGAAGAUAAUUUCUCCAAAUACGAGAGAGAGAGAGAGAGAGAGAGAGCUUUCGAUGUCAUCCAUAACUUUCGAGAGAAUAGCAGUAGCUAUAUCAUUGGUAUACAUGUAGAUAUUGAAAUUGAAUUGGCACACGAUCUCUUCCUCUCUCUCUCUCUCUCUCUCUCUCUCUCUCUCUCUCUCCAUCCUCCUCCCCCUUUUCACUUUAUCUCUAUUUUACUUUCCUCGGCUGUUAUUUAAUGCGCGUCAUUACGAAUCAGCUCGUUAAUUCAAUCCUUAAAUCAUCGUAAAACAUUUUAAAAAGGAAUUGGAACGCGUAUAAAAUGAUUGGGAAAAAGAAUUGGAACGAUCAACGAUAUUUGUUCCAUCGAAUACAACAUUUUUUAUAACUACCUUAGAAGAAAGCUAAUAAAAUUUUUAACUUUAUUUAUAUAUCCAACUCCUCGUAUUAACAUCGAUAUAUAGUUUUAUGUACUUUUUUUUCCCUUGUUAUUAUAUUUUUUUUUCGAUAAUAUCAUUAUAGGACAGGAAGAGGAUAUUAUCGAUCAUGCGUUGUUCGAGCCAAAAUAUAAUAUCCGUCCUGUUUUUUUCUAUUCCCCCCCCCCUUUUUGUGUUGUGUCACGGAUGGUCUAGAAAAAUAAAAUCUAACUUAGGAUGAAAAAGAAAAAGAAAAAUGAAAAAAAGAAGAAGAAGAUAACAAAUGGAAGACAAAUAAAAGCAAAAGGAAAAAACCUGAAAAUGGAAGUCUUGCUUAAAAUCCAUCUACCCUUUUACCAUCCACUACUACUACUAUUACUA